AUGGCGUCGCGAAGGCGUGCAGUCAUUUUGGACCCGUCAGAAGAUAUCACGAAAGUGUUUGGCAGAAAAUGUAGCUUGGGAUGGGUUGCGUUGGGUAUUGCAGGCGUAAUGUGUAAGGAAGAAGUGUACCUGAAGUCGAGAUGGCGGCGGAACUUCCAAGUCAAUGCCAAGACUUCUUAUUCAUGGACUCGCGGCCACACUUCUCAUCUAUGGCAACACUUCAACCUCGAAUACGGCCACACAGGAUAUGAUGCAUCGAUUGGACUCCAUACUGGCGUGCGACACCGAGCGCAAGAGUCAGCGGCAUCCGGCAAGAUGUUCGAGAAGGACAUCUACCAGCUCAUUCGCGGGCUGCGCGCACACAAGGGCAAUGAGCCGCAGUAUAUACAGGAGAGUCUGAAAGAAUGCAGGAAGGAGGUCAGAGGACAAGACAUGGACCAGAAGGCUACGGCCUUGCUAAAGCUGGUCUAUCUCGAGAUGUUCGGGCAUGAUAUGUCAUGGGCGUCAUUCAACGUCCUGGAGGUCAUGUCUUCGCAGAAAUACUUACAGAAGAGGGUCGGAUACUUGGCAGCUGUGCAGAGCUUUCGACCGGACACAGAGGUGUUGAUGUUGGCUGAGAACCUGUUGAAGAAGGACCUCAACUCUCCGGACAAGGCAACAAUGAAUUUACCACUCACGACUAUACCGCAUGUCAUCAACCCUUCUAUGGCCAACUCACUCCUCACGGACCUUCUUCCAAGACUGUCUCAUUCCAACCCGACUGUCCGCAAGAAGACCAUCGUGACCUUGUAUCGCCUGGCUCUGGUCUACCCGGAAACGUUGCGACCCGCCUGGCCUAAGAUCAAGGAUCGAUUGUUGGACGACAACGAGGAUCCGAGUGUCACGGCCGCCAUCAUUAACGUGAUAUGUGAGCUUGGCUGGAGACGGCCACAAGACUUCCUACCACUUGCGCCUCGCUUGUUCGAACUACUCACGGCGGGUGGCAACAACUGGAUGGCCAUCAAGAUCAUCAAGCUGUUCUCGACUCUCAUUCCGCUCGAACCUCGGUUAGUGAAGAAGUUGGUGCCUCCGCUUACUACCCUCAUCAAGACCACGCCGGCGAUGAGCUUGUUGUAUGAAUGCAUCAAUGGCAUCAUCCAAGGCGGGAUCAUGGAAGCAGCCGACGGCACUACUGAAGGCGACGACAUUGCACGACUGUGUGUCAACAAGCUGAGAGCAAUGCUUGUAGUCGAAGGAGAUCCUAAUCUACGAUACGUUGCAUUACUGGCUUUCGCUAAGAUCACAGCCUCUCACGCCGACCUGGUGUCACAACACCAGGACGUGAUUCUUGAGUGCAUUGACGAUGCAGACAUCUCCAUUAGAACCCGUGCGCUAGAUUUGGUGGUGGGCAUGGUCAAUGCCAACAACUUACAGACCGUGGUCGAGCGUCUACUUCAUCAGCUCAAGACAGCCGGCAAAGCAACAGCUUCUGAUGAGCCCACAAACGACCGUGGUAUGCACGACGGCAUCAUACCGAUGGCGGAUGACGAUGAGGACGAUGCCAUGACCAGGAUAACGCCCAAAGAGCCAAAGUCGGCUCAAGCGCCGCCAUUGCCGGACGACUACCGAACGUCCGUGAUCGAGCGGAUCCUUGAGAUGUGCUCGAAAGAUACAUACACGAACAUGAACGACUUUGAGUGGUACAUCGGAGUCCUCGUAGAGUUGGUCAAGCAGUGUCCGAUAUCUACUGCUACCGGCGAUUUUGGCUCUCACUCGGAGACUUCAUCCGCGAAAAGCGGCGUCGCUGAUGCCAUUGGGUUGGAGCUUCUGAAUGUCGCCGUCCGUGUCAAAGCAGUGCGUCCAGAAGCGACAGCUGCUGCGCAGUCUCUGCUUGUGCUGGACACCCGUCAUCAGCUCUUUCCCACUUCGAAUAGCGGCGGGAACGGCGUUCUGGCAUCUGCAGCAUUCAUCGCUGGAGAGUAUGCAGAUAUGCUCACGAAUCCGGAAACCAUUCUGACCUCCCUACUACAUCCUUCCAGCUCCGGCCUGCCGGCCGAAGUGCUCACAAGCUAUCUCCAAGCCAUUCCGAAGAUCUUUGUCAGACUGACAAGCGAGCAGCUAGGUGUAUGGGAGCAGUCGACUCAAUCGCGUGUAGUCUUGCUUACCGCGCGAAUUGUGCACUUUCUCGAGCCACUGACCUUGCACCCGAACCUGGAGGUGCAAGAGCGGGCUGUGGAAUACCUUGACUUGAUGAGAUUGGCUUCUGAAGCUGCGUCAAACCAUCAGACAGGUGUCGAGAGUGAUGUGCCAUUGCUGCUCAGCCAGGCCAUACCCAUGCUAUUCUCAGGAGCAGAACUGAACCCAGUCGCGGCAGCGGCGAUACGGAAAGUACCACAGCCUGAGGAGCUCGACCUAGAUGCACCGAUCAACAGCAGCCUGAACAUGAUCCUGUCGCAAGCGGAGUACGACACUGACUACGCAGACGACGACAAUGAGGUAUAUCGCCUGUACCAUGAGAAGCCGAGUGCGGUCGCCACGAACUAUUCACGAGCUGCAGUCGAUACCCUUGAGCCUCCCGAAACAAGUCGAACUUCAUCAUAUCAAGACACAAGACCUGAGUUUGACGCAGAAGCGAUUGAACGGAAGAAGGCGGAACGACGGGAGCGUUACAAAGACGAUCCCUACUACAUCGACUCCGAACGGCGUUCGGGGACUUCCACACCUAUGCACAACAUCCUUCGCAGCGCAAAUGGCGAAGAACUCGAUGUCGACUCGAUACCUGUCAUGGAGCUCAAAUUUGACAGCCGGGAUACGGCAUCGGAUCCAGAGCGUUCGAGAGCCGCAAAGCCUGUGCGUAAGCCAAAGCGGCAUUUUGAGAUUGCUGCCGACGAGACGCUUGGCGGAGAUGAGCCUUCGUCAUCCCUACCAACCGGUGCUUCGAAGCCGCCAAUGUCACGAGCGAAGAAGUCGCUACUGGAGGUUGACAGUAGUGGGUUGUCCGCUCUUUCUCUUGCUGAGUCGGCGGAUGCUCGGAAUGGGGGGACCGCAUUGGACUAUCAGCGACGGCAAGCCGAGGAAGAGGAGAUGGCUAACGCGAUGAAAGAAGUAGAGCGGUUGCGGUUGGAGAUGCAGCGGGCUCAGGAACGAAUACAGCCCCGAGACACAGCUGAAGAGGGUAUGGUCGUGAAACGCAAGAAGAAAAAGAAGGCAAGAGUCGAGGCCCUUGACGACCAGCCAGCUCAAGAAGACGCAGUUGGUGGCGAAGGUGCUACCGUCAAAAAGAAGAAAAAGAAGAAGCCAAAGGAAGACGAAGCUCAGGCAAGCACAGAGCAGACCCAAGAAGGACCCGAAGAAGUCGUCCCAGUCAAAGCCAAGCGGAAGAAGAAACGCCAAGUCACCUUUGACGACGACGAUGCAGCUGGGUAG